GAGUGUUUCCCCCGCCACGGCAGUGGCCGCCCGCCCGCGCACAGUCGCAGUCUGCGGGCCAGCUGGGAGGCGGCGGAGGUCACCGAAGGGGGAGGUGGGGCAGCAUGGCAGCCUCCUUGCGGCUCCGCGGGGCCGCCUCCGGCCUCCGGUACUGGGCCUGCCGGAGGCAGCAGCCGGCAGGCGCCAGGCUUGCAGCGGUGUGUUCUAGGUCAAUGGCUUCCAAGACUCCAGUUGGAUUCAUUGGACUGGGCAACAUGGGAAAUCCAAUGGCAAAAAAUCUCAUGAAACAUGGCUAUCCACUCAUCGUUUAUGAUGUAUUCCCUGAGGCAUGCAAAGAAUUUCAAGAGGCAGGUGAACAGGUGAUCAUUUAUGCUAUAAGGAUUUUGGGAUUAGAAUCAUGUCUUAUGGUAGCAUCUGCUAUUGUAUUUGGAUAUGUUAAACUUUAUGAGAUUACUGAUAUCCCUGGAAGAUAUAGAGAUGGAGCUGCAGUAGAAAGAAAGGCCACUGAAAGAAGAGUGAAGAAAGGCUCAUUAUUAAUAGAUUCCAGUACUAUUGAUCCUGCAGUUUCAAAAGAAUUGGCAAAAGAAGUAGAGAAAAUGGGAGCUGUUUUCAUGGAUGCCCCUGUUUCGGGAGGUGUAGGAGCUGCCCGGUCUGGGAAUCUCACAUUUAUGGUGGGAGGAGUCGAAGAGGAAUUUGCUGCUGCCCAACAACUGCUGGGGUGCAUGGGCUCCAAUGUGGUGUAUUGUGGAGCUGUUGGGACUGGACAGGCUGCAAAGAUCUGCAACAACAUGCUAUUAGCUAUUAGUAUGAUUGGAACCUCUGAAGCUAUGAAUCUUGGAAUCAGGUUAGGGCUUGACCCAAAACUAUUGGCUAAAAUCCUAAACAUGAGUUCUGGACGGUGUUGGUCAAGUGACACUUAUAAUCCCGUCCCUGGGGUGAUGGAUGGAGUUCCCUCAGCUAAUAACUAUCAGGGUGGAUUUGGAACAACCCUCAUGGCUAAGGAUCUGGGAUUGGCACAAGACUCUGCAACCAGCACAAAGACCCCCAUCUUUCUGGGCAGUGUGGCCCAUCAGAUCUACAGGAUGAUGUGUGCAAAGGGCUACUCAAAGAAAGACUUCUCAGCGGUGUUCCAGUUUCUUCGGGAGGAGGAGAGCCUCUGAGUGAGCCUUUUGGCCUUGGACACUGAUGGGAACCAAAACUGUCUUGGAGCUUCCUUCUAGCUCAUUCCACAAGCAAAUGAGUUUAAUCAAAGGUCAUCUGUCAGCUUUCGAUUGUCUACGUUACAGUAAUCACUAUGAUUUUUAACUGCUUCUUCUUUUCAUCUGUUUAGCAAACAUACUAUCUAAAUUUUUUUUCCCUGCAAGUCACCGAUAGUUUCUGCUACCUAGCUGAAUUGACCUUUUUAAAAAGUUUGAUCCCUGAGCAUCUUCAAUUAAAUUGUUGGAUACUUCAAUCAGGAGUGGAGUCACUUUGCAAAUAGAACCAAACAUUUUGUCAACAGGAUGAAACCCAUGCUAAAGGAAAGAAAUUGAUGUACUGAGAGGAAUUAAAGAAAGUAUUGUGAAUUUCUAUAUGUAUCCUUGGGACGUUUGUCCUGUUAACCAAGUGAUAUGCUUGCCUUCCUCAGGCUACUGAUUUAUCUUCCAGGUUGGCAAUAAAGCAAAAGAGCUAUUAGCACAUGUUUGUAUAACUUGGACUGCAUCACAGUAUCUUAGCGCUUCCCUCUUGUUACCACUUCAGGUGUUUCCACAGACAUGUUUCUAUAUUUUUUGCUUCCUUGUACAUUAUUAAUACAUAUUUUUGACUUCAAAAGAAUAACAUAUUUAGGCUGUUUCAGAGCCAAUGAUGAUACUUCCUUUAGAUAAUUAUUACAUUAUUCUAAAUAUAACCUACCUUAUUUUGAAUUCAAAUAAAUUUCUAUGCUGAUAAUA